AUGAAAGAUAUUUCCACGACUUCUCGCCGAAGUUCCCGAAAUGCUGUGGACCCUAAGAAAUGGCCGUCGCUUUCAGGUAUAUCGAAACAUCACAAGACAUCCCAUCUCGGUCCUCCUUCUGUAACCCGCCGAACCAUUUAUCCUGGAAAGGUAGCAUUGUUGCAACAGCUACAACGUCAAUUUCAAAUUAUCCCUCUUCUCAGGCAAUCCACUUUACUGGAGGAGGAAUACUUGGAAGAUAUCUGCUCACACAUGCACGAGAACGAGCGAAACACCAUGUCAUCCUUACAGUCAAUGAGUCAGCAACCCGAGAUCCAAUGGCCCAUGCGCCCAUGUCUCGUUGAUUUCCUCAUUGAGAUUCACUUCACCUUCCGACUUCGACCUGAAACAUUAUACCUCACUCUCAAUAUCGUGGACCGCUACAUCUCUCUGCGAAUAGUGCGCAUUCAGCACUAUCAACUCUUAGGCUGCGUAGCGUUGUGGAUUGCUGCCAAAUUCAAGGAUGUGGAUAAACGCGUUCCGACGGUGCAAGAACUCGCACAGAUUUGUCAUGACACAUACGAGGAGUCCGCAUUUGUUCAAAUGGAAGGUCAUGUACUCAAGACCAUUCAGUGGACGUUAGGCCAUCCGACUGCAGAAGCAUGGCUAAGACUGACGUACUGUGAGCUAUUUGUUGAAGAAAAGGCUCAGCAUGUUGCACGUUUCCUGAUGGAAAUCACUCUGUUUUACCGAGAGUUUAUCGAAUAUCCUUCCUCCUCGAUAGCACUUGGAGCACUGACACUCGCUCUCUUCCUCUGCGACCAACCACGCUGCGUCUAUGAGGAAACGGAGGAAUGUUUGGAAAUCGUCGAUUAUCUCGACAAUCGCUUGGCUAAGAAUGUCAGCAACCUUUCGGAGACGCUGGUAAAAAAGUACUCUUAUGCCUUCUACUCCAAGGCGGCAACAUUUGUUGUACAGUACUACCUCCGGGGUGGCCGGUUUGUCCGGCAGUCCCUCAUUCCUCUUCCAAUGACGCCCAGUCGCUCACCGACGUCUGGUGCUAGCAUGCCUAUGAGCGCCACAACAUCCGUCUCUGAUCUAUCUGAUGAUUUACCUCUCGAAAAUGCUAAGACACAAAGUAGGCCUCAGAACUCGUGUGUCGACAUUCUCUGA